AUUGAUAACUCUUAACUUUCAUUCCAUGUGUUCUAAACAAAUUUGUAAAUCUAAGUGGUCAACGUGUGAUAAAUUGAACAGUGAAAACAGUAUUAUCGCAGACGUAUAUUUGAUUUUAUUCUAUGUGUAUCAGUUUUUGAAAGAGACAUUACCUAUUUGUCAAAGGAAAUAUUCAAACUAUUUGAAAGUAUCCAGAGUCAUGUCACACUAUCGAAUAAUGGAGAUGCACAAGUGAAUUAAUAUAAACACCUUAAUUUUUUAAUACUUUUUUUUAUUAACGAAAAUCAUGUUGUUGGAUAGCUUUAUGAAUGACACUAACGGAAACGCUGCUUACCAAGCAAACUCUAGUCCUAGUAUGGCUUCCAUUCUAAAUAUGAAUGGAAAUGUGGCGAUGGAAAAUUCUAGACAGUCCGCUUUUGUUCUAAGUAGUCCACCGCUAGCUGCUUUACAUAAUAUGACAGAAAUGAAGACACCAGUUUCAUCAUCUUCAAACUUUUUUUCACAAAAUCAAUCGGCGUCAGCUGCUUGGAAACAUGCUUUUAACAACGGUACUCCUCACGGUAUAAAUGACAUUUUGGGUAGACCGCUUGGACUAGCGGGUUUCAAUGCUGCAGGAAUGUAUUUAAACCCUAGAGCUAGAUUUCCUAAACUUGCAGAACUUCCAGGCAGACCUCCUAUAUACUGGCCCGGAAUAUUUAAUGGACCAAAUCCUUGGAGAGCUUCAGGCUCGAAUGUAGUCAUGGACAAGGAUGGGAAAAAGAAACACACACGGCCGACAUUUUCCGGUCAGCAAAUAUUUGCUUUAGAGAAAACAUUUGAACAGACAAAGUAUUUAGCGGGUCCAGAAAGGGCAAGACUUGCUUAUGCGCUUGGGAUGUCUGAAAGUCAAGUCAAGGUGUGGUUUCAAAACAGACGCACAAAAUGGAGAAAGAAACAUGCUGCUGAAAUGGCUACAGCUAAAAAGAAACAAGAGCAAGUUGAGGACAUGGAAGGAAAUUCGGAUAUAGACGAAGACACGUCAGACAGUUCCGGAAAACUAAACGAUCAUUUAAGUGACUACCUUGAUUCUAAUUUAUCGUAAAUAUGAAUCUCAUAUAACGUUGCAAUGACAAGGCUAUAUAGUGCUAUAUGUGGAAACGGAUCCGUCAACUAUUGAUGGUGGAAUUAAUUAACAAAGUUGCAAUAACAUUAUCAUGUGCCAUGUGUUCACAGCACACCACGUGAUUUUCCUUAAAAAUGCUAUAUGUGGACACUGGCUGGAUCUUUCUACAUUGCAAUAUAGUAUUUGACUAGCAGAGAGAAAGACAGUAAAAAAAGUUGACAUGUUAGUUAUUAAGUUAGCCUUUAAGGUAAAGGUCAUAUGAACUCACUUUGUAUUUAUUGUUCUUGGUGUUAUUAUGAGAUGUACAUUAUAUUUUAUUUCUUCAGUAUAUGUGAGAGAUGUAUAUUUAAUUCACUGCCAUCAAUAUUCAUUAGUUAAGAGGAAUAUUUCCUCCUUAACCGAGCAUGCCACCAAGGAGUUGGAUUAAAAUCUUUGACCCCAAAUUAAUACACAAUACUAUAAACAGUGAAAGUUAAACUACCCCUUUUAGCGAGCAACAAAUAAACAAAACUGUAACUGUUUACUUCAUCAGGUACAAUUUGAAAUAUUAACAGUGACUUGAGGUCAUCUGUCUCAUAGUUAUAGUUUAAACUAUCGUUUGGAGUCCGCCUGCAGUCAACUUCUUUUUACAAUUGUGUUUUCCGGUAAAUUUACUGAUGCUAUCUGAACCAACUUUAAUUGUUUUGUCAAAAAUCAUGGGUAGUUUUUUUCUUCUUCAUUCCAAUUGUUUCACAUUUUUUGACAUGUCGGGACAUAUAAUAGAUGACUAUACGGUAUGGGAUUUGCUCAUUGUUGCAGAUCGUCUUAAGACCAAUAGUCCACAUUUGGGCUCCUAUUUCCCAAUUGAUCGGUUUGGUUUAAUGCCAAAUAUGUUUACAUUUACAGAAAAGCCAAUAAUAAGGAAUUCAAUUAUAUGGGCUUUCUAAAAUUUGUCCACUUCAACAUUGUCCAAGUAAUAAAAUUUCAGUUUUUUAUUAUUCAAACACAAUACCCAAUUAAACAUGCUUUAAGAAUAAAACUGUUCAUGUCUAGAUCUUUAGGUACAAUAUUGUAAGUACUGAAUAAACAUCGAAAGAGAACUAAAGUACUACAUCCAUAUCUGAAAAUAUCAUUUUUUCAAUGUUUUAUUUAUUUGUAUCAAAUGACUUGCAGUAUUUUGAUUAUUUCAUACCCUGGAUUGAAUAUUGAAAUGCGACUUAUGUCCUAUUUCGUCAAUGGUCCACCUGUGUUUUAUCUUUGUACGAUUCCAACGAAUAUUUUACCAAAACGUUAAGUGUUGUAAAUCCCCCAAUAGUCUUUUAAAUUCGGUUCGAUGUUUGCUUUUUACUUAAUUAUAUCCAUAUUUUAGCCAAUAUACCUGUUUCGUCUCUGUUAUUCGAAAUCUGUGAUAAGCUAUACAUGAUACAGGGUUACAGGUACAUUCUUGUUUAUCUAUACCUUUCAAAGUCUUUUCUAAGCGACUAUUUUAUUUAAAAAUAAUGUUUCAAAGUCCGGAAGUGAAGGAUUUUUGUCAUAUUGUAAUAGAUUUAUCGGCCUAUCGAAAUAAUACAGCUUUCUAAAAUUUUAUAUUUUAGGGUAGUUUGACAGAAUUGUUCAUUUUUUUUAAGGUCAUAAUUUCAGGUUUUAGAAAUUGUUUUGUUGAACCAUUAUCACAAAUGGCUAUGUUAUGUUGCUAUUAUUUCCUUCCAAUUUUAGACAUUUCAUCAUUUAUAGAAAAGAUUAAAUCUAAUUAUGCAUAGUUGGUUUUGAAAGAAACCCAUGGCAAAUAUCAUUUUUAAAGAGUAACAGUAGCAGGAAAUUGCCUCCCCUUUUUCUUAAAAGGGAACGUAUAGGCAAACCCGGAAAUAUUUUUUGAUUGAAAUUAUUUUACAAAGUAAGUAAAUGGGAGGCCCAGGAACGAGAAAAGUAAUCAAUUUUAAACGUCAUAUAGUCAUUUGUACCUUAAGCCAUAAAAUCCAAUAAGAGGUCGACCCUUUAAACGUUGGUACUUUAUUUUCAUACAAUGAACUUUAAGGAAAUUAAAGUCUGUAAAUAGAUUUAACCUCAUGCUAGACCAAAGAACGCUAGUAGGGACAAUUCUAUUCAAACGGUUGUUCAAUAACAACCACGACUUUUCAAUAUAUCACCCAAUAUUGACAGAGGAAAGCUUAUAUUCAUUAGUCUAUCAUUAAUCAGGAUUUUGUUAUCAAAAGCUUAUUUAGCUCUCGCCACCUUCAACGGUGCCCGAGGAAUGUGCAAUGUGCCAUGUAAGGUUGUUAUCUUGAUAAAGAAAGGAAAUACAUUUCUUGCUGUGUCCAAAUCUUGCCACUUUUUCAAAAUGACUUUGAAAAAUUGCUUAAAAUACGUAAAUGAAUUUAUUUGUACUAUUUUAGAAAUUAAAGUAGCCAUAAAACGUUUGUUACGUGUAAAUAAAUCCCAUUUCAUCUAGAUAUUUUAAGGAUAACAAAUGUUUAGAUACAGGAUAAAAGAAGAAUUCUACGUGUAAUUAAUCACUAUUCUUUUAAAAAUAUUUGUAUAAUUGACAAUGUUUUAAUAGCAUUAUUUAUCCUUCCUCUCAUCAGUAUGUAAGAAAUGAUGAAAAAAUCCUCGGUAACUAUUCUUUGUAGAUACAAAAAUGUAUUAACAUACAUAUUGAUAUAUGUGAAAUGUAAGAAAACAAAGGGAUAAUGAUUUUCAUUUGUAGUGCAAUAUCAGCAAUAAGAAUUUAUGACAUCAGAUCUUCCAUAGAUCUGUUUCCAAGAUUUACAUGUAGUUUAUUGAUUGUUAUUCUAAAACAAGACAUUGUAACUUUGUCUCUUAUAUUGGAUAGGGAAAAAGGGAUUCCGAUGGUAUUAUUUAAAUUUUUCACUUUCAUAAAUCAAACGUUAUAGUUUUAUCCAGUAUUCAUAUGAAACAAAUAUCCCUGAUCGGUUAAGAAAACAAAACAGCAUCUGACUGAAAAUCAAGAAGUGUGUGCAGAAAUGAUAUUAGAUGCAAAUUUAAUAAACAGACAAUAGUAUAGAAAAUUAAUUUAAAAAAGUUUAUAGUUUGGAACUUAUUUCUUCAUCCAAAUAUAAGAGACAAAGUUAUGCAGCUUCCUUAUCAUUUUUUUUUUACUAUUGGAGAAACCUUUCUGAGUUAAUUUUAAAGACGCAUGGCUUCUGAUGCUCUGUAGGUAAAUUGUAGAUUUACUUAAAUACCUUUCAACUUGUUAGGUAAAAUACAUGUAUUGUACUUAUAUACUACCGAAUUGUUAGAAAGUACUCUACAAGAUAGCGCCAAUAUUACUUUGGCAGUUAUAUGAAUCUUCUUUUUGAAGAAAUAUGUACAGGGGGAAUAAUUAUAUUAAUGUUUUUAUUUGAUAAAAAAUCAUGAAUGUAUAUG